CAUAUGAACGUGGGAGCUCUAAAAACCUACUGUAGGAAAAACUCCAUGUUGUUGUAUCGCAGCACGGCGCCACUGUUGCGCUGAUGUCUGUCUAAACCUGCCUUGGAAGCAACUCCAAUGAAGCGCACGCCGGGUAUCCGGUCCGUUCCACGCCUUGCAUCGCUCGUGCAAGAAACAGACCAACGCAUCGCCCCACCCACAUAUAAAAGCGCACCAAAGCAUUAGCUCCGGUGCAUUCCAUUCCACGGCCCGCCAUUAAUGACGACGACCAAGCCGCACGCGGCGUGCUCCCUCCUACUCGCCCUGCUCGUCGUCGGCCUCACGCGCCCUCCGCCGUGCGCGUCCUCACCGUACAACCCCCCGCCGCCGGCCAUGACGUACCACCACGGCGGCGUGCUCGACGGCACCGUGCCGGUCUCCGUGCUCUACUACGGCGCCUUCUCGCCGCGCCACAAGGCCGUCCUCGCCGACUUCCUGCACUCGCUCUCCCCGCGCUCCCGGCCCCACGGCGCCUUCGGCGCUCCGUCGUCGUCGUCGUCGGUGGCGCAGUGGUGGGAGACCGUCGACCGGUACGUGCAGAGGGCCGGCAGGGAGCGGACGCGGGUGAUGCUGACCAACCAGGUGUCCGACGAGGGGUGCUCGCUGGGGAAGCACCUGUCGCGGCUCCAGGUCGAGCAGCUGGCGGCGCGGCUCGGCGUCGCCCCCGGGGGCGUCGCCGUCGUGCUCACCGCCGCCGACGUCGCGGUCGACGGCUUCUGCGGGAGCUCCUGCGGCCUGCACGGCUCGCUGGCGCCCGGCGGCGCCGUGCACGUGUGGGUGGGCAACGCCGCCGUGCAGUGCCCGGGCAGGUGCGCGUGGCCGUUCCACGCCGCGCCCGGGCGGCGCCACGGGAGCGGCGGGGAGGCUCCGCUGCGCGCGCCCAACGGCGACGCUGGGGUGGACGGCAUGGUGAUCAACCUGGCGGCGCUGCUGGCCGGCGCGGUGACCAACCCGUACGGGCGCGGCUACUUCCAGGGCGAGGCGGGCGCGCCGGUGGAGGUGGGCGGCGGGUGCCCGGGAGCGUACGGCCGCGGUGCUUACCCUGGCUACCCCGGCGCGGUGAAGCUCGACGCGGCCACCGGCGGCGGAUACAACGUGGUCGGCAGGAACGGCAGGAGGUACCUCGUGCCGGCCCUCGUCGAUCCGGCCAACUACUCGUGCCUCAUCAUGGCCUAAUCCAGUCACGAACCAAACCGUCGUCGUGUCCCUUUUAACUUCCAUUCUGCUACUCCGUAUACUUCGGUCGCGCGAGUUUUAUGAGGCUUCCUUGAAUGAUAUGAUGGUAGGCAUCGAUCGAUCUGCAUCGUCGAUCACGUGUAUGCUGCGCGAUGCACGUUGAUUAGGCGGCUCAAACUAGGCACGUUGAUUGCACGUUGAUUAGGCGGCUCAAAAAGUUGAAUGGAUAUCGAUCGAUGCAGAAUUGCUAGGCGACGGCGUGAUUGGAGCUUAUCUCUUUCUUGUCUUAAAAAAGGCAAUGUACGAUCAAUGAUUCUUUUGAAAACUGAUUCUUCCGGAGUUGAAUGGA